AUGGAAAGUUCCCAGCCACGCAGCUCCGAAAGCAUGUCCAAGGACUUGUCAGAACUCUUGAAGGAAGCCACCAAGGAGGUGCACGAGCAGGCGGAGAACACACCAUUCAUGAAGAAUUUCCAGAGGGGGCAGGUGUCACUCCACGAGUUUAAGCUGGUUACAGCAUCCUUGUACUUCAUCUACUCUGCUCUGGAGGAAGAGAUUGAACGUAACAAGGACAACCCAGUUUAUGCCCCUGUGUAUUUUCCGGCGGAGCUGCACCGGAAAGCUGCCCUGGAGAAAGACUUGGAGUACUUCUAUGGCAGCAACUGGAGGCAAGAGAUCCCAUGCCCCGAGGCUACUCAGAAAUAUGUUGAGAGGCUCCAUUACAUAGGCAAGAAUCACCCAGAGCUCCUGGUGGCCCAUGCCUACACUCGGUAUUUGGGAGACCUGUCUGGGGGACAGGUGCUGAAGAAAAUUGCCCAGAAGGCCCUCCAGCUGCCCAGCACUGGAGAAGGGUUGGCUUUCUUCACCUUCGAUGGAGUCUCCAAUGCCACCAAGUUCAAGCAGCUCUAUCGCUCCCGUAUGAAUGCCCUCGAGAUGGAUCCUGCCACUAAGAAAAGAGUCUUGGAGGAGGCCAAGAAAGCAUUCCUGUUAAAUAUACAGGUGUUUGAGGCACUACAAGAACUGGUGUCUAAGGGCCAGGAGAACGGUCACCCUGUGCAGCCAAAGGCAGAGCUUCGCACAAGGAGCGUUAACAAAUCGUGUGAACACGGUCCAGUGCUUAGGAAAGAAAGUGAGAAGACAAACAGGAGACAAACAGGCAUGAUGCCCACCACUCCACUGGUGCGAUGGAUUCUGGCGCUCAGCUUCCUAGCAGUGACAGUUGCUGUGGGCUUAUUUGCCAUGUGAAAGAGCAGGACCUUCAUGUUCUCUUCAUGCCUUCCCUUAUCCUGAACUAAUUCACCUUCUCCAGUCCUUGGGAGAGCUAUUCUCUCUGACUGGGUACUGUGAUCUUGGCUCUGCCACUAAUACUAGGAGACCUUUCUCCCUGGAAAUCAGAGUGCUGUAAGGGGGGGGGUCAGGAAAAGUCUCCCCCACGCUUGGUGUGAGCUCCACUCAGAGACUAACUUUAUCACCAAAAAAACUAAGGGCUAAAAGGCUAAAAACAACGGCCAAGAACUGUUGCUGCUUUACAGAGUACCUGCAAAAUUCCUACAGGAUCAGAAAUGUAGCUUUGAGAUCUGUCUGUCCUCAGAAAUACAAAGUUCCCUGGAGCUCUGUUUGCUCAGUUUUUUUAUACUGCUAGAUAAUACUGUGAUCACUUUUUCUGUGGAGCCACAUGGCUCCUGCAGGUUAUAGACUGUUUUAUAUGACACUAGUAGGUCUU